AUGAGGAGGAGGUGCUUGCGGUCAACUUCACCUUCAACCUCGCAGACCAUAACCACAUUCUCAUCGAAUCAUGCACCUUCGUAUCCGUCAUACCUUUCCUUCGACCCCUCGUCACCCCAUGAUGAUCUCGCGUCUUUCCAACGCCACGCCCGGCGCAACGGUCUGUCACCCACCAGCACAGUCUACAGGGGCACAUGUUAUGAAUAUCUCGCGCAGAGCACGUUGCGGUCGUACGGGUUCGAACUGUAUCGUGUCGGCGGGCGGGGUGAUCGAGGCGUCGAUCUGGUUGGUGUUUGGCGGAUUCCGAAGCCUGUGUCGGCCAAGGGAGCGCGGGUGGAGGAUGCCAGUGGUCUUGACAAGUCUAGAGAUCAUGAGUCGGAUGAACAAGCCGGUGGCCACGGCACGUCAAAUGAGGAUCAUCAAAACGUGUUGAAUGAGGAUCGCCUCAGCACGUCCAGUCAAUCUACCCACGACAUCUACAGUCCAUUGAGUUCUCAACCAGAAACCCCCCAGAGAGCAUCCAACGUGCAACGGCGUGCAGACACCCAAUCCGACAGGCCCGACCAGGUAGAUUCACACACCGUGACCGACACGCUGAGGGUUCUGGUCCAGUGUAAACGCCUCACUGGGAAACACGCGAAGAUCGGGCCGAAUCUGAUCCGCGAGCUCGACGGUGCUGUUCGAGGAGCGAGGCACUCAGCUCUAUGGGGGCCUGGUAUUACUACUAGUGUUGCCGUUGACGUCGACGUCGAUGCGGGCACUGGUACUGGUAUUGGCACUGGUACUGGCACUGGUACUGGCACUGGCACUGGCACUGGCACUGGAACUGAUACUGGCACUGGCACUGAUGCUGGUACCGGUACCUCCAACCCCUCAUUCCAUUCCACAAACACAUCUACAGGAACGGGCCCUGCGAUCGGUAUUCUCGUAGGCACCAGGUCGGCCACUAAAGGCGUUGUGGAAAGCAUGCGUCGAUCAACGAGGGGGUUAGUAUGGAUCAUGAUGGAGGAAUUUGAGGUUGAGGUUGAGGAUGAGGUUGAGAUUGAAGGUGAAGGUCAAGGUGGGGUUGAAGGUGAAUGUCAAGGUCAAGGUGAAGCCAGCAUCGAAGCCAAACCUGCCGGCGAAGAACAGACUAGUGCCGCUGAAGUCGAUAGCAGCGCCAGCGAGCGAAACCAAAAAGAGCAAAAUCACCACAAGAAACAGAUCAACCAGGUCAACCAAAUCGACCCAAGGAAAGAGGGAAUAAAUCAAAGAGAUGGAACCGACCUAAAGAAAGAGGGAACAAAUCGAAGAGAGCAAACCGACCCCGACUCCGAAUUCCAUGUCGAUGCCGAUGUUGAUGUCGAUAUCUCCAGCACAGACACAGACUCUGAUCCCAUCUCAGACCCAGACACAGACCCAGACACAAUCCCGCCUACUCACCCUCACCCUCCUCGUCCUGCCCAUCCCAUCUUAAAAGGCCGCAUCAGACAGAUCCUAUGGAACCAAGCGGCGCGCGAUCUGGGCCUGGAAGGAAUCGACGUAGUUAAACGCUACAGCUACGAUUACAGCUACGACUACGAUGAGCAGAAGCAGAAGCAGGGGCAGGGGCAGGGGCAGAGGCAAGAGCAGAAGCAGGCGACAGAAGAAGUCGUGUUUCUGCGUGGCGGGAUGGUGUGGGGUGGGUCGUGA